AUGAACAAGGGACAGAUUUUAAACAAAGUAGAAGAGUUUGCCGAUCAAGUCUUACGAAAGGGGAAACAUUUUUUACCACAUGUAGCUCGUUUAUGCAUAGUGAGCACGUUCAUUGAAGAUGGCAUUCGAAUGUGGUCUCAAUGGGAGUCUCAGCGGGAUUACAUGAUGCGCUUCUGGGACAUCCACUACAUUCUCGGCACGAUCUUCGUUCUCGUCAAUUUGUUUGGUCAACUGGGCGGGGCUGCAAUUGUUCUCGGGAGGAAGUAUGUCAAUGUUGGAAUCGCAGUUCUCUUCUUCGUUGUCAUUUUACAAACAAUUGCUUAUAACAUAUUAAUGGAGCCGAGAUUCCUUCUUAAAAAUCUUGCUCUUUUGGGAGGCCUGGUGCUGCUUGUUGCAGAAAACAAAGCCCAAGGUAAAAGUUUAUUUGCUGGUCUGCCUUCGAUGGGGGAGGGCUCGAGCAAGACCUACCUGCAACUCAGUGGUCGACUCUUGCUUGUUCUCAUGUUCCUCACUCUCAUCAAGGUAGAUUUUUCAAGUGCAUUCAUCAUCGUCAACAUUUUUGGAGGUCUCCUAGCACUGCUCAUAGCUAUUGGUUACAAGACAAAGUUGGCCUCGUUAACUCUUGUUCUGCUGUUGAGCUCUUUGAAUGUCUAUGUGAACAACUGGUGGAGCUAUCCUGCUGAAAGGUCUCUUCGAGAUUAUCUAAAGUAUGAUUUCUUCCAGACUCUAUCCGUUGUUGGUGGUUUGUUGUUGGUUGUUGCACUUGGGCCUGGGGGUUACAGUCUUGAUGAGCAUAAGAAGAAGUGGUAG